AUGACUGCUGUUGCUGCUGGAACCCAAGGAUCCAAGACGAAAAUCAGUAUUCCACGUGAAGGCCCCCGAUAUCUUAGAAGGACACUCCCCUACUUGAAUUUAAGACCUAAGACCAAAGGCCGCAAUUAUAACAUGAUGGAGACUGAAAAAUUUGGAAUGAAAAAAGGAAGGUUGGAUAAAGCAGCUGAUGCAUUCAAAACCUAUGUUGUUUUAAAAGUCCAAAAUUUAAAAAGCACUACAAUAGACAGAAGGGGAACUGAACCUUGCUGGGAACAGGACUUCAUGUUUGAAAUCUCUGCUGAUGGAAAGGGCUUCAUUAUAGAGCUGUGGAAGAAAGGCUUGCUCUGGGAUAGUAUUAUAGGAGUUUUAUGGAUUCCCCUUGCAGCUGUGGAACAUGCAACAGAUGAAGGUCCAGGUUCCUGGUGGACAUUGCAUUCUGAAGUAAUAAAAAAUGGGAGUGAGAUUCAAGGCACAAAAACACCAACUUCACAUGAGAUCUUACUGGAUGUCUACUUUGCAUUACCAUUUGAUACCCACCAAGAUUUAGAUUGCAGAGCCUGGCACAGAGGGACACCCCUCCAAGGUACAAGACAUUCACAUCAAGAUACAUAUAAUAGUCUGUCAUCCAUGGAAAGUGGUCUCAGCAUACAAGAAAGCAAACUAAGGUACAAAUAUGUUGCUGUAUAUCCAGAAGAGCCAGAAAUUUACAGAUUUUACACCAGAAUGACCAAAACCAAAGUGCCUUAUAAUUUAAAAAUAUAUAAAUGA